AGAAAGUUGGAUCAACUGAGAGAUCGCGAUUGUCAGGACUAACACAGGCCAUCAGGACUCCUGUCCUUACCAAACUGAAACUGAAACUGUUAUUGGGUGAAGAAACUGAACUUAGUAAGCGCAAGACUCAAAUGCCUGGGGUACGGCCUGUGAUAUUUAUCCGACCGAUAUGCUUACCCAAAACAACACACUAUUUGUAGGUGUUAGCUGAUUACUUUUCAGGUUAUAACAGUCCUUUGUGGAGGCGACAAGUCGAAUAUCCUAAGGUUUUUCCUGGUGAUCCUCCAGUGCCAUGUUUUCUGCCUCCGUUUUGGAUGAAAAUGAUGUAUCCUGGUCCAAAAAAUCCCCUAACCAUGUUAUUUUCAAAGUCCACCCACAAAUGACUAAGCGUGACGUACAGCAGUAUCUAGAAAAGAUUUACAAUGUUCCUGUUGUAGAUGUUCGAGUAAAGAUGGUUCAUCACGAUUUAGAACCAGUUGAUGUCCCGCCACUCCGCAAAGCCCAGAGAUCACUCGAUUCCACACAAUUUCCCCCUAAACCUGAACGCUAUGAAAAGGUUGCAUAUGUUCGUUUGGUUUGCGCUGAUCGGUACUCAGAAACCUCACGAAACUGGUUGUAGUAAGGUACUACGAACGGAAAUCUAAGUAAUGCUCUGGAAACUAAGUAAUAUUUGCUUUCCGGGAUUCAGUGUAAUUUAAACUGCUUAGUUGUGACUUUAUUUUGGUCGAUCUGUGAUUGAUUUACUAAUGGUUUUUGUUUCUAUAAGUUUUCUCCUUUAUUAAUAAACGGACAUUAACCAAGCAUAUAUUUCCACCUUGUUUUCUGUAAUAUAUAUGUUCAAACUAUUUUGAUAUGUUUUUAGUUAGUCAAACCGCGUUUUAUUACGGUGCAUUGAGUUAUGUAGAAAAAUAAGUUAGAUGCUUGGUUUACAUAAGUUUUUGUUGCAUUGCCACCGUAUAGCUGCUAAAUCGUUUCAAAGGCUGAAAUGCGAAAGAACAACUGUAGUCGAAUAUAGAAGCGACACGCUUAUGACUAGUUUACUAAAUAAUUCUUCGUUUUACUAUGGGAUGUCAUAUGACUUGCAUAUAGUUUACUUAUUCUGUUGACCACAAUUGUCCGUAAUUAUGGCAUGCAUUUCGCUCUAUCAAGGUACAAUUUACACUCGCGAAACUAAUAGGAACCCUUGCCUUGCCAAUAAACCUUCACAGUGUUCAAAUCAUGUGUCGAAAUCAUAACCAUAGGUUAAAAAACCAAAUUGAAAGUUACUAAGUAUGAGUGUAAUUGAUCUCAAUCAUUUCGGUCUAUUUUCCGUGAUAAGGCUACUGGCACUUCUUAAACAGAUACCGAAAAUCAAUUGCUUUAGUUGAAAACUAGCGUUCUUAAUAGCGAGUGGGUUCUGAUUGUUGACUUGGUUCGCUUGUUAUGUUCUUUUUAAAUCUGUGCUUGUUCUCAUCUACAUAGUUCUGUCGAUAAGAAUGUUAUUAUUUUUACAUAUUUAAGGAAUGUUUUUUUGGAGAGAAAAAAGUCAGUAUAACGUACGUUAAGACUAUUUCCUUUUACAUCACUGCAAAGAUUCUCUUUGCUUGGUUACUGUUAGUAAUUGCGUUAGCAAUCAAUUAUCAACUAGAAACUGUGAAUUGCUUUAGUGAUACCCUGCUUAUGUAACUCGACUGUCAGCUAUAAUUCAGGUCAAUAAUUUCACUUAACUCCGUAAUU